AUCCAAUCAGCCAAUCCAAUUAGCUGAUCAAAAAACCACUUGACUAUUAAUCAUAAUUGAUCAUGAUCAAUAAAUAAAAAGUUUUUUUUUCUGGUGAUAAUAAUAAUAACAUUUUAUUCCACUACUAUGGUUCCUUGUAAUUAUUUUUUUUCUUGAGGAAGAAAAAAAAUUUCACAUAUGAUAACCACAACAACAACAACAACAACAAGAUGCAAGAAUUCUGGAACGGUUUCCUUUCAUCAUUCACAUUGAUUCUGGCAUCAGAAUUUGGUGAUAAAACAUUUCUAACAACAUCAAUAUUUUCAUUGGAAUAUCCACGAUGUUUAGUGUUCAUGUCAUCAAUGUUUGCAUUGACCACAAUGAACAUUCUAUCCAUUUUUCUCGGUACAAUGACGGCAAAUAUUUCACCAUUUAUUAUUCAUUACAUUUCAAUCAUUUUAUUCGCUAUGUUUGGCAUCAAAAUGAUUGUUGAAGGAUACAGUAUGAAAAAAGAUUCGGAUCUAAGUGAAAUGGAAAAAAUGAUUGAAAAACAAACGAUUUCAUCAGCGAAAAAUGUUUCGACAUUAUCGCUGUAUUCGAUUUUUUUGAAAAUUUUUUCACUCAUCUUUCUGGCUGAAUGGGGUGAUCGAAGUCAAUUGAGCACAAUUCUAUUGUCUGCCAAACAAAACCGUUGGGCUGUUGGUCUGGGUUCAUUUUGCGGGAAUUUUCUUACCAAUGCAACGGCUGUUUUAUGUUCAAGAAUCGUUUCGGAAAUUAUUUCUGUUCGUAAUGUUCAAAUAAUUGGUGGAUUUGUGUUUAUAUUUUGUUCAAUUUUUAAAUAUUAUUCUUCUUGAUGAGAUGAUUCAAUUUCAACACAUUAUUGAACACCUGCUGCCAUCUAUAAAUCAGUCUAUCAAUCAACAAUCAUUAAUUUCAAAAAAGCUUUAAAUGCUGAUCACGGGAUGGCGUACAAUUUGCUUUUUUAUUUCACUAAAAAAUUUAUUCCGUUAAUUCAUAUAUGAAUCAUCGCCCAAAACGACGAGAGUGUGCAAUGAACACACAAGUUUACAAAACACAAAUAAAAUA